UUAUGUCGUUAAGAUUCAUAAGGCGAGCCUUCGCCAUAGUACGGUCAGAUCUGCUGUCGAGGAGCUGAAGAUGGGCAGACAUACUGUUCCUCAAACCAUGACCAGUUAACAAACUCUGAUACUGGCACACGAGCUCAUUAAAAUGGCGAGAGACUUCACUACAACAAGUCUGAGUAACAUCGACCUCGCCUCUUUACGGGAUCCUGCAGGGAUAUUCGAGCUCAUCGAGGUGGUCGGCAAUGGGACCUAUGGGCAAGUUUACAAGGGUCGACAUGUGAAAACAGGGCAGCUGGCGGCCAUCAAGGUCAUGGACGUGACUGAGGAGGAAGAAGAUGAAAUCAAGCUGGAGAUUAACAUGUUGAAGACUCACUCCCAUCACAGGAACAUAGCCACGUAUUACGGAGCUUUUGUUAAGAAAAGUCCUGCGGGUCAGGAUGACCAGCUCUGGCUGGUGAUGGAGUACUGCGGCGCCGGCUCGGUCACAGACCUGCUGAAGAAGACCAAAGGGAACUGCCUGAAGGAGGACUGGAUCGCUUACAUCUGCAGGGAGGUGCUGAGAGGUCUGUUACACCUUCACUCUCAUCACGUGAUUCAUCGAGACAUUAAAGGACAAAACGUGCUGCUGACAGAGAACGCUGAGAUCAAACUGGUGGAUUUUGGCGUCAGUGCUCAGUUAGACCGGACGAUUGGCAGGAGAAACACCUUCAUCGGGACGCCGUAUUGGAUGGCGCCGGAAGUGAUCGCGUGUGACGACAACCCUGACUCCACGUAUGACUACAGGAGCGACGUGUGGUCUCUGGGAAUCACGGCGUUAGAGAUGGCAGAGGGAGCGCCACCCUUGUGUGAUAUGCAUCCCAUGAGAGCGCUGUUCCUCAUUCCACGAAACCCUCCUCCCAAACUAAAGUCCAAGAAAUGGUCUAAGAAGUUUCAGACGUUUGUGGACAAAUGUCUGGUGAAGAACUACCUGCACCGGCCGUCCACAGAGACGCUCCUGCGCCACUCCUUCAUUAAAGACCUUCCCAACGAGCGACAGGUGCGCAUCACGCUCAAAGAUCACCUGGACAGAACCAGGAAGAGGAGACGAGAGAAAGAGGGGACGGAAUAUGAAUACAGCGGCAGUGAAGAUGAAGAAGAUGCCAUCAAUGAAGAUGAAGGUGAACCCAGCUCUAUAGUCAAUCUUCCUGGAGAGUCUAUGCUGAGACGGGAGUUCCUGCGUCUGCAGCAGGAGACGAACACACAAACACACCUGCCCCAGCAAACACACAAUCAGGACAACUACAAGAAACAGCUGCUCGCCGACAGAAACAAGAGAAUCCAGCAGCAGCAGGAGGAGCGACGCCGCCUCGAAGAUCAGCAGGAACGGCUGUUACACCAGACCGGACUCCAGUGGCCGGAGCUCCAGGAGAUGAUAUGGCAGGAAGAGACUGACGUUACUGAGAAAAGCAGAAGAAAUCAAAAGAAUCAGCCCAAAGACGGUGAACAUCACAGGACUGAUCCUGAAUCAGCGGCUGUCGGUCUGUUUGCCGAGCAGCAGGGCCGGAGAGCCCAGCGAACUCUUCCCAGAGAUCAGUCGCAGCUGCUGUUUCUCCAGCACGACCCCGCGCUCCAGCAGAAGAGUCCUCGAGACGCGCGGCACGACGGGCUGGCAGGUAAACUGGAAUCGCUGGACGCUCAUCUAGUGAAUCUGAAUAAUAUAGCGGUGAGGAUUCCUCACGUUCAGUCUCGUCUGGGAUCAGGGAGCAACUCCAGUCCGUGUACUCCAGCGCUCCAGAGAGCGGCCAAACCGCCGAACAUGAACGUGUGUCCCAGUCGUGAGAUUCAUCACAGCAGCUCCAUGACGGACGUCUCAUCCACUCUGUUCUCUCCAACACUCGAUGAAGUCUUCUUCAGCUCUGAUGAGCAGCCGCCGAAGAUUCCAGAACGAACCACGUCAAAGUUUAAAGAUGUCAAGAGUCACCACGGGUAUGGAUCCAGUGGCGAUGGUCCGUCUCCUCUGGACGGCGGUGUGAAGAUGUCCUUCAGCUCCAGCAGCAGCUCACAGUCAGGUUACUGUAUGCUGGACAGUCCAGCUCAUCCGAACAGAAACGCACAAACGUCACCACAGAAUCAGGGUUUGGGAAUGAAGUCCCCCUUCAGCCCAUUAAUGAAGCUUGCAGAAUAUUCUUCCUCCAGUGAUGAAGAUGAUGAGAGGACUAGGUCUCCACUGAGCAAUGGAAGGCCGGUGUUAUCCUGGUCACAGUCUGACGAAAUCAUUCUUCAGCCUCAUCACAGCGUCAAACAGCAGCAGCAGAGUGCAGCAAAGGCAGCUCAUAAUGUUCAUCAGAGGCCUGCAGGAUCCCAGUCCAGCGACAGCUGCCGUCUGCCCGACCUGCUGCACAAGAGCCCCUCACAUCAGCUCAGCCCACAGCACAGCGCAUUCGACAAAUGUUUUAAUAACCAGGCAGGAAAAAGCACGUCAUCUUCCUCUUCCUCAUUCUCACCUUUCAUUGACCCUCGUUUGCUGCAGAUCUCUCCACCUCAGAGUCCGCAGGAAUACGGCCAGCUGAACGGCAGGUGUGAGCCGUGUGUCAGACAGCCGCACAGGAAGGGCUCGGUGGUGAACGUCAACCCUACCAACAUCCGUCCUCAGAGUGACGCCCCAGAGAUACGCAAAUAUAAAAAGAAGUUCAACGCUGAAAUCCUCUGUGCCAGUCUGUGGGGCGUGAAUUUGCUGGUGGGCACAGAGAGCGGCCUGUGGCUGCUGGACCGCAGUGGUCAGGGCAAAGUUUACUCUCUCAUCAGCCGCAGACGCUUCCAGCAGAUGGACGUACUGGAGGGCCUCAACGUACUCAUCACUAUAUCAGGUAAAAAAAACAAGCUGAGGCUGUAUUACCUGUCCUGGUUGAGGAAUAAGAUCUUGCAUAAUGAUCCAGACGUGGAGAAGAAACAGGGCUGGACGUCAGUGGGAGAACUGGAGGGUUGUGUGAGCUAUAAAGUAGUUCGCUAUGAAAAAAUCAAGUUCCUGGUCAUCGCUUUGAGGAACGCUGUGGAGGUCUACGCCUGGGCUCCCAAACCAUAUCACAAGUUUAUGGCUUUCAGAUCUUUCAGCUCACUGCCUCAGAAGCCGCUUUCAGUCGACCUGACGGUGGAGAACGGACAGAGGUUAAAGGUCAUCUACGGUUCUCACUUUGGGUUUCAUGCUAUAGAUGUGGAUUCAGGGACGCCCUUCGAUCUCUACCUGCCCAGUCACAUCCAAGGUGCGAUUCGGCCGCAUGCCAUCAUCAUCCUCCCCAGCAGCAGUGGGAUGGAGCUGUUGCUGUGUUACGAGGACGAGGGCGUCUAUAUUGACACCUAUGGCCGCAUCACCAAGGAGACGGUGCUGCAGUGGGGGGAGAUGCCUGCCUCUGUGGCUUACCUUCAGUCGAAUCAAGUGAUGGGAUGGGGAGAGAAAGCCAUCGAACUGAGAUCCGCCAAGACGGGCAGUCUAGAGGGAGUCUUCAUGCACAAAAAGGCUCAGAAACUCAAGUUCCUGUGUGAGAGAAACGAUAAAGUGUUUUUUGCUUCGGUGCAGUCGGGUGGAUGCAGUCAGAUCUACUUCAUGACGUUAGGACAGAACUCUCUCUUCAGCUGGUGAUGGAUGGUCUCCGUCUCACAGACCCGCUGCUGCUGCUGGUGGGAAAUGACUGAGUACAGACUCCACAUCGCAUAACCAACCAUCUCUGCCAACAAGAUUCAAAUGGUCCAUUUUUUCCCUUCAAUUUUCUGCAUUCACAUGUAAACAUUUUAAUAGAAGUGAUAUAUAAAUGUAUGACUUAAUACAUGUAAAAUAGUUGAUAUGUUGCGUCGUGUCUGACAGUGUCAGCAUUUGUCUUGAUCUGUGCUUAAAGCAUAAGCCUUGUUUUGCAUUUUUAUUUUAUCCUUUUAUUUCCAUGUCAAAUCUUGCAAAAAAUACUUGAUAUUUUGUCCCUAAUACCUGAUUAUUUUAUUGUAUAAUAACAACCAUGGCUGGUACACGGUGAACCCAAUACUAACCGCUAGUAGAGUAACUGUCAAACAUUGUAGCGUCUUUGGGUGAAAUAUGACGAUAAAUCAGAAUAGAAAUGACUGAUUACUGAUGACGGAAAGGAGCCGAUAACUGCGGACGAUCAGCUUUCGCUUUACACGCUUUCUGAGUUUAAUUAAAACAGAUGGAAGUUGUAUCUUUACUGUUUUUGUUUUUUAUAGGUCUCACUGUACUAAAACACAAACAUAACCUGGACGUGAUAAAUGUGAUCUAAAUAAAAGGUUUGUUUAGUUUUUGGUUGUAGGAGUUUUGCAUGCAGACUAAAGGACUGAUCUUUGGCAGCUGCCUGUAGGAAAGCAGUCAUGCGGCCAACAUUUCCCAAUUAGUUGUUGACCACAUUUCACAGAGGAUAGAGUCUGUUCUAGUUUAGUUUUGUUUUCCACUCUUUGCUGCUGGUUCUGGAUAAUCAAAUUCUUCACUAUCGUUUCUUUAGGUACAUUGACAGUGCAGCAGAGUCCUACGUAUAAGCUCAAGUUUGAGCAUGAUUAAUAAAUACAAAUGCAUCAUUCACAAAGUCAAUGAACUGAUGAAGUAAAUGCAUCCCUCUGAUGCUUUUUGGCAAAUGUGUGAACCAUUCAGAGACGGUGCAACGCUUACUUCCAACUGCACCUUCAUUGCACUUCUGUCGCUUAAUGUGUGAUUUUGUUGGCCACAUACUGUUUGUUCGGGGUCAGAGGACCGAUCUGAAACAUUUAUUACAUACAGUAAUACAGUGAAGCUCGGUUGUGUGUGGAAGAUGCAGCAUAGCAGGUUAAGUGUGGCUGUGGAGGAGUGAACGUGUGGAGAUGUGAUUGUGACGCAGGCGAUUCUGUUGGUUCUCAACUUAAAAUGAGGAAAAUGAAUGACGCAAAGAAAAGCCGCAGGAAGUGGAAGAUGAUCAUGUGAAAGAGUUAAAGAAAGUUGAAAUGUAGGAAAUCAGAGUUGCAGAAGUGAGAGGUGUGGAGUUUGGGAUCAGAUGGACUGACAAUGCAACUCCCCGUUGAAAUGUUAUGUUUGGACCAGAUUUCUGCACUCAGAACACCAGUGCUUGUACAGAUAAAUACUUCUGGGCCAUGUGCACUUUACGUCACUUGUAUACAGACUAGCUUGCGUAAUACUGCUGUGAUAGUUUUCGCUUUAACAAUAAAACUAAAAUGCCACCCAGAGGUUGAUUUUACACUAGAGAACUGAUCAUUUCUGAUCAUUUGCAGCAAGAGACCGUCCAUCACAACGCACUGAUUUCAUACUGUAAUCGAGCAGAGCAUCUCAGUAUGUGGAGAAGACGAGCGUUUAGAAAAGCUGCACACACAUCAGGAUCAGUAGACAGCUGUCAUUCAACUCUAUUCUGUAGUGGUGCAGUAGUUUUAUGUAAUUCUUUGCUCUGUUAGGAAACCACUGGGAAUCUGAUGCUCAGAUCAGCUCUGUAGCUUCAUCAGUUCAGUCACGGAUGAGCAGACGGUGUUCAGUUCAGUCACACUCCCAUAAAAAGUUUAGUUUUCUUUUGCUCCAGCAGGUCGUGUUCGAGUGUAUUCUCAGCCGUGCCUUAAUGUGCUCUGAAUGCCGUCCGGCUUACGUGCAAGACGUGAUGAAUGUAAAACUCUUAAUUGGGUUUUGACAUUAAAAUGUCUCGACAUCGUUGGUUUCUGUACUUUCGUUUUGGUUCAAACUUUAAAAAAGUCAAUACUGUACAUUAACAACAGAACAUUUUAAUUUAAUUCACAGCUUUUUUCUUUGUAAUCAUUUGACUGUAUAUUUCCUGUACUGUAUAUAUUCCUAAAUACUGUUUUUUAUAGACAGUUAAUUAUCAAGCAUUAUAGGAAGCACCUAUACUCAAUAAUUCUGUUUGUCAAAACCUCUAUUGGGUUUGGAUUGUAACAGCAUAUUGCAUAUACAGUAUAUGUUGUGUCACAUGAAGGAAUUGAGCCAAAUAAAUGCUUUAAGAAUAGACCGCUCUGUAUGUCUUUGUUCAUCUGUGCUACGUUAGUGCGAAACGUCCAUACAAACCAUCAUGCUGUAUACCAUUUGCAGAAAUAAAAGAUCCCUUAAAUCCUCAAA